CCCGUGACGAGCCGUCUCCCCCGCCACACACACACCACCGGACCUCUCAGCACACCAGCAAGGACAAGGAGCAGCAGCCAUGGCUUCGUCGGUGGCCGCCGCGGCGAGCACAUUCCUGGGCACCCGCCUUGCGGACCCGGCGCCGCAGAACGGGCGCAUCGUGGCCCGGUUCGGGUUCGGCAAGAAGGCGGCUGCCCCGAAGAAGGUGACCAAGACGUCGACCAGCUCCGACCGGCCGCUAUGGUUCCCCGGCGCGGUGGCGCCCGACUACCUCGACGGGUCGCUGGUCGGCGACUACGGGUUCGACCCGUUCGGGCUCGGCAAGCCCGUGGAGUACCUGCAGUUCGACCUGGACUCGCUGGACCAGAACCUGGCCAAGAACGAGGCCGGCGCCAUCAUCGGCACCCGGUUCGAGUCCUCCGAGGUGAAGUCCACCCCGUUCCAGCCCUACAGCGAGGUGUUCGGCCUCCAGCGGUUCCGCGAGUGCGAGCUCAUCCACGGCCGCUGGGCCAUGCUCGCCACCCUCGGCGCCCUCUCCGUCGAGUGGCUCACCGGCGUCACCUGGCAGGACGCGGGCAAGGUGGAGCUGGUGGACGGGUCGUCCUACCUGGGUCAGCCGCUGCCCUUCUCCAUCUCGACGCUCAUCUGGAUCGAGGUGCUCGUGAUCGGCUACAUCGAGUUCCAGCGCAACGCCGAGCUGGACCCGGAGAAGAGGAUCUACCCCGGCGGCUCCUACUUCGACCCGCUGGGCCUGGCGGCCGACCCGGAGAAGAAGGAGCGGCUGCAGCUGGCGGAGAUCAAGCACGCGCGCCUCGCCAUGGUCGCCUUCCUCGGCUUCGCCGUGCAGGCCGCCGCCACCGGCAAGGGCCCGCUCAACAACUGGGCCACCCACCUCAGCGACCCGCUGCACACCACCAUCUUCGACACGUUCGGAUUAUCAGGAUCCUCCUAAGCCCGCCCGCCAUGGCUAGCUCCGUCCGUCCAUCGAUCGAACCGUGCUACUCUUGAAGUAACUGUGAUCUCUGCUAUCAUACGCUGGAGACGAUGGAUGUGAAUCCGUGCGUGGUAUCAUUUUGUGAUGAGUGAGAGGGUAUGGGAAGAUCCAUCCGAUCCUUUUGUUAAUGGAGGUCUCGUUGAUUAGGGAGAGCCGCUGCUGCUGGGACUUGGUGAUUUGUAAUAUAUGAACCAGUGAUGAUGAAUUAAUGCAUUCACUUGUACAUCUUGUGGUGAUAUA